UUCUAUCUUCUGGAAGAUUCUGUUUGAAUAUUCUUGAUAACAAACGUGAGUGAGUGCACGUUCGGCAGAACAAGCUUUAGUUAUUAGCCUUUCCUACUCACUUCUUAAUCGUAUUUAAUAUUUCCGAUCGUGCCAAGCAGACACACUUUUCCCAAACUCUGCAUUUCUCACUUCGGACCUCUCCAAUCACUCUUUGAUCUCGGAGUUGAUUGUUUCCUUCAUUUAGGAUUAUACAACAUUACUAGAUCUCCUUUUUAAGCCCUUUUCGUCAAGUCAAUGCCUUCGGCUUCCAUAGCUUCGCGCAGCAGUGGUUGUAGCUCCACCCUAUUUCCUAUUGUAGAUAAUCCUUUCGGUUUUACUUCACAAUCCCACAUUUGACAACAACUGCAACGAUUUUUGCUGAAAACGCUUCUAUAAUUUCCUAAUUCCUUGGGUUCGAUCACUGGAUUGCUAAAUAAUAGUUUCGAUAUUUAUUUUUUAGCUGCUUAACUCCGAUGUUGUCACUACCAAGUUGCAAACUCAAAUGAACAUGUCAGAAGUAGGCGUUUCGCUCUUAUAGCUACAAAUUUCUCGCAUGUACCUUCUAGAAGUGACUGAGUGGUGUCCUAUAAUUGACUUGUGUAAUAGACUUUGACAGUUCACUUCAAUCAGCUGAUAAUAAAAGAAUCAUUUGCGUACCUGAUGCCACCUUGUUGAAAUUGUUUGGAACCUUGAGGCAAAAUCACUCGAGAACAACAAAGUUUAACCACAAUAUCUUUGAUUCAGUAUUAAAAGAAGAAAUGCGGUACGCGCAAGUUGUGAUUGGUCCGGCCGGAAGUGGUAAAUCCACUUACUGUGCAUAUAUGCAGCGUCACGCUCAAGAUUCAAAACGUGUAAUUGAUGUAGUUAACUUAGACCCAGCGGCAGAACAUUUUGACUACCAACCAUUGGUUGACAUUCGCGAUUUAAUUCAACUGGACGAUGCUAUGGAAGAUGAAGAACUACAUUAUGGACCGAACGGCGGAUUGGUAUUUUGCUUGGAAUAUCUAAUACAAAACCAAGAUUGGUUAAAAGCCCAAUUGUGCGGUGCUGAUGAUUCUGAUAAUGAAAUAGGUGGAGAACCUGAUGACGACUACAUAUUAUUCGAUAUGCCAGGUCAAAUAGAACUUUUUACACAUUUAUCGAUGGGCAAACAGCUUGUUCAGUUGCUGGAAUCCUGGAAUUUCCGAAUAUGUACGGUGUUUCUUGUCGAUUCUCAAUUUAUGGUUGAUGGUGCUAAGUUCCUGUCGGGUACAAUGGCUGCUCUCAGCGUCAUGGCAAAUUUGGAAAUGCCACACAUAAAUGUUUUAAGUAAAAUGGAUUUACUCAGUAAAACAGCUCGAAAGCAGCUUGAUAACUAUUUAGAUCCCGAUCCAAAAGCAUUACUAGGAGAUGUCACUCAAGAAUCAUCCUGGGGACGUACGUAUCGUAAACUGUCAGAAGCAAUUGGAAGUUUAAUAGAAGACUUCAGCCUAGUUAGAUUUGUUCCGUUAAAUAUUGAUGAUGAGGAAAGUAUACAAGACUUGCUUCUUCAAAUAGACAACGUUAUACAAUACGGGGAAGAUGCUGACGUUAAGAUACGAGAUUUCGACCCACCAGAAGAGGAAGAUGAGCCAUGUGUGGAAUCAAAUAUCAUUUAAUUAAAUAAAACCUUAAUUAAAAAAAUA